AGGGGGCCGUGUGGACGAUGAAGUUCUCUCACUGCGGGAGGCUGCUGGCCACAGCCGGCCAGGACAAUGUGGUUCGCAUCUGGGUCUUGAAGACUGCUUUUGACUACUUCAAUAAUAUGAGAAUGAAGUACAACACUGAAGGUCGAGUUUCACCGUCUCCUUCUCAGGAAAGUUUAUGCUCCUCUAAAUCUGACGACCACCUGGCAAGUUGUGCUCCAGAGGACCCAGACACAGAAGAUAGAAACGCCCCUUUCCGUCAAAUUCCCUUCUGCAAGUAUAAAGGUCACACGGCGGAUCUUUUGGACUUGUCCUGGUCAAAGGUAAAUGAAUAAGUAAAGACAUGAUAAUAUCAGGUGAUGUCUUACUGCCCUCUUCAUCCUUCUUUCAUCCCUCGUCUUCAUCUUUGUACAUGGGAAAAACACUGAAAUGAUCUCAUCCUGUAUCUCAAAUGCUCUGGACAAGGUUCUACACUGGCUGAACAACA